AUGAACGGUGGCACCUACCUAUGGAGCGUAGAAACCGGUCCCGGGGUUCUCCUAUCGUCCAGCAUUCACCGCCUGGAGCUGAGCAACAUCGGCAAAUGGGUCCGCAUGAUUCCGUCUCUGAGCGGGGGCCUGUACAAGUUCGACGGCGACACCAUCGAACCCAUUCCGUUCAGUGCGGAAGAUCUGCUCAAGUCGUCGUUCAAGUUUUCCGACCGCGACGGAGAUCACGGAGGACACUGUGAAGAAUGGUCCGCCGAUGACGUGGUGGUCAUUCGAAGGCAGACGCAAACGGUGCGAGCGGUUGAAUCGAGGACCGGAAGUGAGCGGUGGAACUUCAGCAUCGGACAUCACGAGUUGGAAAUGCUGAAGAACGAGGAUUGCCGGGGAGGUGGUGGAAAUGACGCGCUGGAUCCGGCCAUUUUGGAUUUGGAAAUGAAGGUUGUGAUCCCAGAGGGAGUGGUGUUUGCCGUGAAGCGGUCGGAGCCAGGAGUGACCGUGUGGCAGCACCAGGGCAGCACAAGUUUAACCACCCGAUUGUUGUGGAAUGGAAAUGGACAGCCGUCAAUUGGAAGUGACGAGAAGGGCAGCAACGGAAUGAUCAACCCUUCGUUGUACUUGGGAAUGCACCAGAGGCAGUUGUACAUCCAGGAAUCGACGGCCUUGAUGGUACGACAAGCUACAGAUGCGCAGACCGUUUUACUGACGGACGAGGGAAAAUUCCCGAUGAUCCCUUGGAAACCGUAUCCGGCAAGACUUAAGGUGACCGGAUACAUUACAGAUGGAAUGUUGGGGUCCACUAUUGGGUAG